AUGGAUUAAUGUCAGUUUAAAGUUCCAGAUUUAAAAUAAAGGCAACAAGCCAUUGGAUCCUUAGCCGGAACUCCUAUAAAACUCAAAAAAGCAAUACAAUCAAUAAUGAAUAAAUUCCAAUAAAUUAAAUCCCCUAACCUCAACGAUUGGUUAUGGGAUCACGAUGAAGAUGGAUAAAAUUUCGAAAUUAUAGAUGAUGAUGUAAUGAUUUAUAGGGCUUGUAAAAUCAUGAGCCAUGAAAUUUGCCAUAUGUUGGGAAUGAAACAUUGCAUUUUUUAUCAUUGCUUAAUGAAUGGGGCUAACCAUUAAUAAGAAAUGUACUAAUAACCUUUAUAAUUAUGUGUUGUUUGUAGAUACUAAGGUCUUAUGGAGUUUUGUUAAAAAAUGAAGGUUUUUAAUGAAAAAGAUUCUUUGAUUUAUAAAGAAUUAUAUCAGACUAUUUUAGAGGCUUAUGGAAAAUAUAUUAUUUGA